CCCAAGGCCAGGCAUUCCUCCGUGUGCGAUAAACUUGUUAGCGAAGCUCUGUCAAUUUUUCUAGAGAGAGAAAGUUCAGCCUUCGGUCAAAACUCAGCUUUCGAGGUCAGUGCUCCCUGCCUUUCUCCUUCUAGCAUAGCUGUACUGUGCCCUUAGUUUAGGAGAUAGAAAAGUUAGGAAACACUACCGUCUACGAGCCCUCGAACAAGGGUGCGAAUGUCGUCCCAGAGUGACUCUCAGGACAUCUCGAGGACGCCCUCGAUGGAGGACGAAGGCAUCUCCGAUGUGGAGUCAAGCAGUGGUCAGCCCUCGGAUUGUGGUGAUGCAGCCCUGGCCCGGGAGGUCCAGAAGGAACUCACUGCGGAGGUUGAAGCCGAGGGCUUCGAGCAGGAGUGCGAUGACGAAGACUUAGCCCUCGUCUGGCAGACAGCGGAGGAUGAGGCACAGAAUGAGAGCUCGAAGGUUACGAUCGCUGUCCUCCCCCCUCGGGGUUCCGGGGAGGCCAGUAGCUCGAGGCCGUUGGAUCCGAUACCUCUGAGGGCGGUUUCCGGUGUGAAGAAGAAGAAGGCCGCUACCAAGAAGAAGGAGAGGGCCGUCGAUCAAGGAAAGCCCGUAGACAUGCCCGAGGGGUACAGUUGGCUGAACACUGAGGCCCUCGAGAUCAGGUCGAAGGCCGACAGGGCAGAUCUGUACGUGACUCAGCUGCACGUGGGGCCCUCGGCCGAAGUGGUGGAGCCAGGUCCCGACGACGUGUUGUCCAGGGCGCCCGAGGGGUGUAUUGCUAUUCACGUCCUUUCGGUUUCCAUGGGACUCAGGUUCCCUCUACACCCAUUCCUCCGGGAAUAUUUGCGGUUUGUUGGCUUGGUCCCCUGCCAACUCACGCCCAACAGCCACUCCUACAUUGCGGGGUUCCUCCAGCUCUGCAAGUCCCGAGGGGUGAAACCCAGCCUGGAUCUAUUCUUCCAGAGCUUUAAUCUGUGCCGGGGGGGCACGAAAACAGCGAGGGGUACGCCAAACUGCAGCAGAUUGCCCGCUUCAAACUAUUCUCCGAUGCUCCUUCUUCCAACAAAGGAUGGAGGGAACGUUGGUGCUACGUGAAGUUGGAUGAGAGCCCCUUCCCGAGGGAGCUACGUGACCGAUUCCGAAGGCACGAAAAGAUCCGGAGUGCCGCUCUCGAGAAAGACGGCCUAAAGCUGGCCAAGUUCCCGGAGGGGAAAAACAAGAAUGUGGCGAUCAAAGACUGCACCCUCGAGGAGGAUUUGUACAUCCUCGGGUUCCGGAGGUACCGCUUCAUAGGGGAGACCGAUGAAAAGUACCCUCCCUUCAACAAGGCCUUCGGAGGGGCCGGAGGUAGGAGCCGAGGGCUUUAGAAUUUUGUACUUAGUUUUUUUUUCUUUUUCUUGGAUGUUAUCGUCCCUUCGCUUAGACCCGUCGGACUAACCCUUUGUCUCCUCUGUGCAGGUAUCCCCGUCUCCAUGGUGAAUGUAAAGGGCCUUGCCCGUUUGAAGAAACAGGACCCGAAGGGGUCGGGACAGGGCAUCCAGAAGCCCGCCACCGCCCUCUUUAAGAAAGCCGAGGGCGAUGCCACUGCCGGCAAGAGGAAGGCAGUGGCCAAGGGGUCCCCCCCGGCUACCAAAAAGCCGAAAAAGGGGGAUGUCGCCGAGAAGGAGCCCUCGGUCAUUAUCGCUGAUGAGCCCCCCGCCUCCGGGGUGCAGGUGGAGAAGCUGCCGGGUGGAACGCCGGCGGGGGCAGAGGAGUCGCUGCCUGAGAUCCUCACAGUCGCGUUCCCGAGAGGUACAUCUUUGGCCAGCGGCGCCGUCGACCCGGGGGCCAUCCUGAGGGGUAUGACCCCUGAGACGGAUAGGGCUGCCCUCGGGGCCUAUAAUGAUGCGGCCCUCGAGGACCACAUUCUCCGCUCCUCCCUCUCUGCUUGCUUAGCCCUCGGCGAACAGGCUCGGAGGCUUCAAGAAUGGCGCCUCCACAGAGCGGAGCAAGACGCCAGAAUGAGGGAGUGCCUGCUCAAGAACCAAGAGGCGGUGAAGCUGGGGGCCCAGCUAGAAGAGGAGCUCCGGCAGAUGAGCUUGAAACUGGAGGCUGCAGAGAAAGGCAAGGCUGAUGCUGAGGCCGCUGCCAGGAGAGCUGCUAAAGAGGCCGAGGACUCCAAAGCGCUAGCUGUCGCCAAGGCUCAGGAGGAGGCCGUUGAGGCCUUUGUCGCCGAGGGUUGGAGAGCCGAGGGGCGCAAGAUGUGGGUGUCCUCGGUCGUGGAGGCCUGCGUUGAAGAAUGGGCCGAGGGCCCUGGGUGGGAAUGGAUGGCCCGGAAGGGCAGAGAGUACUAUGAAGCCGGCGAAUUCUUCACCCAGGCCCUCAUCUACCGGAGGAUGGCCCGGCAUUUGGGCAUUGAGCAAAAGGACUUCUCCCCCUCGGCGUAUGGCCUUCCUCCCUUGCAGCCUGAUGUCCGUGAGCCGCUCCCGGAAGGUGUUCAGAGGCCCGACCUUGAGGACACGGUGUUGAAGAAUGAGGUCGAGGACGACGCUGUCGAGACCGGAGCGGAGGCAUCAUCGAGGCCGGCUGUAGAGGGCGCCCCAGUGAACGAUGCUGUCGUAGUUGUGGAAUGACUUUGUACUCAGAAAUCUUUGAACAUCUUUUGUAAUGAACAACAUUGUUCCUUCGGCUUCGGCCCGUUUGUAAAUUCACACUUACUCUUGUUUUUGAUGAAAUGCAUGCUGCCUCCGGGCUUUUCAUAUUCGAAUACGCCUUAUGUUUUGAAUGUAUGCCUUCUCCUUUGAAUGUAUUUCUAGGACUUAGAAUACUAUCUGAUUGUAGCUAGCCCUUAGGAGCCUUCGGUAGUUGGGCACCCUCUGCUGGAUAUGCAACCGAUGGUUCGGCAGCAAUUAGGACUCAGAAAAUUUUUUCUAAGUGUAGCACAGCAUGAGGCCUUCGGGCGUUUGUAGUAACCCACCUCCUAGGACUUAGAAAAAUCUCUAAGUGUAGAUUCCCCCUUGAGAGCCUUCGGGAUACGGCGCCCAUUCCUGAU